AGCAAUCUACCCAUAGUUUAAUGCCGGCAUGACAAGCAUGUUGCAAACCAGUUGAAUAUCGAAGAACAAUUCGUUACUCUUUACAUAAUCUGAACAUGAGCGGACUUACGGCCUUCGUUCUUGGUGCUACUGGAGAGACUGGGAAAGAAUUACUUAACAUUCUUGCCUCCAACAAGGCUUUUACUAGGAUCGCUGUCAUUGGAAGGAGGAAACUUGAGCUAAACGAAGAAAAGUUUGCAAACGUUGAACAAAAUGUUGUUGACUUUGAACAUCUAGAAGACUAUGGAUCAGCGUUCGAGGGAUUUGGUAUUGGAUACUGUUGCCUUGGUACCACAAGGGGAAAGUCAGGGGCAAGUGGUUUUGUUAAGGUUGAUCGUGACUAUGUAGUACAGUCAGCACAACUGGCAAAACAAGCAGGAUGCAAGCAGUUUCAUUUACUGACAGCCCAGGGUUCAAACAAAAAUUCUUGGUUUCUAUAUCCACGAACCAAAGGAGAGGUGGAAGAAAAAGUAGCAGAAAUGGAAUUUGACAAACUUUGUAUUUACCGCCCAGGAUUGCUUCUUUGUGAUAGACAAGAAAGUCGUGUUCUCGAGAAAGUACUUCAAGUUACAAUCGGUUCAGUUGAUCGAUGGCGAAAAGUAAGCAUCCCAACGAAGGCUGUUGCGCAAGCCAUGGUGAAUUGCACUCUCCAGCCUAUUUCAGACAAGCCAGUAGAUAUACUGGAGCAUUCCCAAAUUUUUAAUACGUCCCAAAACGAUUAAUAGUCAUUGUGACAAAAAUGCUUCAUACCAACUGGUCAAUAUUCGUGAGCAUCUUUGGGUUUUUUUUCUGUUGUCCGCAAACGAAUAAUCAACUGAAAUUGGAACCGUUCUGGCCGGAUUUUUCUUUAAAGAAUUACUGUUUUGCUUGUAUACAUGCUGGUGUUGCAACAACACCAGUAUUAUUAUACAAUUGUUCACAGCACAAGUAUUAUUAUAAAAUCGUUCAUAGCACAA